AUGCCGCAGCCUCUAGAUCCCGUCGGCGAUGGCGCGCCCCCGGAAGAGGCGAAAAAGCCGGCCAAGCUUGGCUUGACCUCGGGCGUCUUUAUUCCCGUUUUCUUGAAUAUUCUGAGCAUUCUCAUGUUUUUACGUUUCGGCCUGAUCUUGGGACAGGUUGGCUUCCUCGGUUUUCUAGGGCUGAUGGUCACAGCAUACUGCGUCGAUUUACUAACUACCCUCUCUCUUUCUGCCAUCGCGUCGAAUGGAGAAGUCAAAGGUGGCGGCGCCUAUUACUUGAUAUCAAGGUCCCUCGGACCCGAAUUUGGCGGCUCCAUUGGCAUCCUGUUCUUUCUCGCCCAAGCUCUCAAUUCUGCCAUGAACUGUGUUGGUCUGAUCGACUGCAUACGUCUCUAUGUCGGCCACAGCUUCCCGCAAGGUUACUGGACGAGCUAUGGACUACAGACUGUGGCUCUGGCACUCUGCACCGGCUUAUGCCUUUUGGGCUCUGCCGUUUUCUCCAAGGCCUCGAAUGCUCUUUUGAUCAUCAUGACAGUGUCAAUAAUCAGCAUUCCUAUAUCCGCUGCGCUGAAGUCGCCGUUUCGAGACGUGGAGAGCGGAGUCGAGUUCACAGGCCUGAGCUUCCAAACGCUUAGCAGCAACAUGCUUCCACCACAACACAGCGUCGCCUACCAAGGCGUCAAGACCUUUCGUGACCUGUUUGGAAUUCUCUUUCCAGCCACGUCCGGCAUCUUUGCGGGCGCCUCCAUGUCUGGCGACUUGAAGAACCCUAGCACUACGAUUCCUAGAGGCACACUUUGGGCUAUGCUCGCGACGUUCAUCGUAUACUUUAUCGUCAUUGUGUCCAUGGCGGCCUCUACUACACACGAUUCCUUCUUGGCAAACGCAAACAUCCUCUCAGCCAUCAGCUUGUCUAGCCCAAUCAUUUUCGCUGGUGAAUGCGCCGUGACGUUCUUCUCUGCGACGAUGGGAGUCAUUGGCGCCGCCAAACUCUUCCAAGCCCUCGCCAAAGAUAAACUGCUGCCGGGACUGUCGAUCUUCGGCAAGGGCACAAAAAAGGCGGACGAGCCUAUCCUAGCUGUUCUGUUGACAUACUGCAUCGCCCAAGUGGCUUUGCUAGCAGACUUGAACCAAAUCGCGACACUAAUUUCCAUGGGCUAUCAGAUGACAUUUUUCGUCAUGAAUCUUGCAUGCUUUCUGCUCAAGAUCGGCUCCGCUCCCAACUUCCGACCUGGCUUCAAAUUCUUCAGCUGGCAGACUGCACUCGUUGGUAGUCUUUUGUCUGCUGCGGCUAUGUUCUUCAUUGAUGAGACCUAUGCCGCUAUGGCUAUCUGCGUCUUGAUUGCUACCUUCCUCAUCAUUCACUACUUGUGUCCUCCUAAGCGCUGGGGCGAUGUGUCUCAAAAUCUCAUCUACCACCAGGUGCGAAAAUACUUGCUACGACUGAAACCCGAGCACAUCAAAUUCUGGCGUCCGCAUAUCAUCUUACUCAUCAACAAUCCGAGACGCCAAGCUCGACUGAUUCAGUUCUGCAAUUCACUGAAAAAGGGCUCGCUCUACAUUCUCGGUCAUGUAAUCGUUACAGACGACUUUGAUGCGGGAGUCCACGAGGCUCGACUGCAGCAACAAGCGUGGACAAAUUACAUAUCCGAGUUCUCUAGGAUCAAGGCAUUCGUGCAACUGACCAUGUCGCCAACCAUAAACUGGGGCGUCAGAAACUUGAUCUUGUCCGCCGGCCUGGGAGGCAUGCGCCCGAAUAUUGCCGUCAUUGGGUUCUACAAUCUGGAUGAUUUGAGACAGACGAACCCAGGCGUUUCGGUUCCCGACUUACCUCAAUCCCCUGCUAAAAAGAUGCGCAAGCCAUCAAAGUCCGAAGAGAAGACUUUACUCAAGAGGCGACGCGGCGAUACCUCAGCUAGGCUCUUGGAAGGUGUCUUGCCCACGGACGUCAUUCGGACAGAGCAAAUGAUGAACGUCACAGAAUACAUGACUAUGCUCGAAGACCUGGCUCUCAAGUACAAGCUGAACGUUGCUGUUGCAAAGGGAUUUGAGAAACUCGAAACGCCGCGCUCCGACGGGUCCAACAUGAAAAAGUACGUUGAUCUUUGGCCAAUUCAGAUGUCUGCAGAAGUUACAGCGGAUGGGAAGAAUCUUGUGACCUCAAACUUCGAUACAUACACUCUCAUCCUUCAGCUUGGACACAUUCUGCACUCUGUGCAGACCUGGAGGAACGUAUAUACCGUUCGAGUCAUGGUUUUCGUCGAAUACGAAAGCGAGGUUGAGGAAGAGUUGGCUCGUGUCAAAGCAUUGCUGGAGAAGCUACGUAUAGACGCUACAGUUUUGGUAUUUUGGCUGGCGUCUGGCAGUCUCAAAACUUAUGAGCACAUCAUCAACGGCAGUACCGCCGAUUUCGACACGCAGAUUGUCGUCAACGAAGCAUUAAAGAACGAGGAAUGGUGGGAUGAGUUGCAGACCUACCGAGGAAGGACGGACCUUUCUGAAAGCCAAGAGAUGACACAACUCACCCAUAUCCUUGAUUCAACGUCAGGUCGCCGUGGCUUGUACAAUCCACACGAAGAGAAUGGCUUUGACCAGCGCCGCGCCAGUGUCGUGGCUGGGAUGGCUGAGAUUCCAAAGAAACCUGACCUUGCCACGUUGUCUAAAAUGGGUGUCAGCAUGGGUAUCCAUACCCACCAUCUGAAGAAUGAAGUUUUCGAGGAAUCAGACUCAGAUUAUACGACAGACAGCGAAGACGAAGACGCGAAGAGGGAAGUGGAGAUACAGGCACCCUAUGGCUAUCCUCACCCUCCGACUCCUUAUCCGCUUGCCGCGGGCAAAAAGCAGCCGGAGCAACAGCCUCUACUGGAAACUGCACUCAAGCGGCGCGGACGAUCGCAUAGAAAAGACCACUCUGGAGGAUCCUCUGCAAAGAGCGAGGCCGCUGCACAACCCUUGAUGCAGCCUUUGUCGUCUGACACACCGUCGUACGGCACUAUCGCUACAUCUUCGACCUUGCUUCAGCCCGAAUCAAGCUUGAUUUUGUCCUCAAGAACGCCAAAGAUUCCAGAGGUGUCACGAACUGGUGCAAGUGACCCCGCGACUCCUGCAACGGGGGUUAAAGCUACCGAUGAGACGGACAAGCCUGCCAAAUUCCCAACGCUUGAGCCGCUGCUUGUUCCGUCCAAUGCCCCGGCCAGAAAGGCAGACUCUCGAACCACGAGCCCGAACAGGCAGGAACCAAAGACUCCGAGAACCGGUGCUAAUACUCCGGUUAGGCCUGGGAUGUCACGCCAGUCCUCGGCUGUCAAGUUCUCCAGCCGUCCUGUUCCCGAGACAACCGUUACAGGCGAAGAUUCACGCCUCAACUUUGCCCAGCCAACGACCGCCGGUGCCUUCGGCCCGGACGCAUCUCGUUCCGAGCGGCCUGCGCACUCCCGUCAAUCCUCCAUGAGCAAGUUUCCCGGUCGAGGCAUGCCGGAGAAGAAGAGGCCGAGCCUCCUACCCGUGGACGGUGACGGCGCUGCUUGUGCCAAGACUAUUAGUUUUGCAGAGAGCCCUGUCUACCAGUCCUCGGGCCCCUCGACGCGUCAUCACUCGCGCCACGGCUCGCAGUUUUCGUACUUUGGCGACGUCGCGUACGAUAUUCCCGAGGUCAAAGACGCGGCAAAUCAAGCGGCGGCUGAGAUGGGCGGCUCGCCGUACUCGACGCAGAGCGUUGCCCUGUCGUUCAACGACCUGCCCAGUCGCGCGCAGCAUCUCAUCCUCAACGAGCUGAUGCGCCAGCACUCGAGAGACACGGCGGUGCUGCUGAGCACGCUGCCGAUUCCGGCUGAGGGCACGAGCGGCGACGAGGCGGCCACGGUGCAGUACUUGUCCGAUGUGGAGGUGCUGUGCGCGGAGCUGCCGCCUACGCUGAUGGUGCUGAGCAAUAACAUGACUGUCACUGUGAGCUUGUAG